GGAAACAUGACAAUGACAAUUAUUUCCACAGUUCGCAGGACUCACGAUUAAUUCCUUUGCGAGAAUAUUCGCAGUUUCAUGUUUGUAAUUAAUUGAUAACAGUGGAGAUUUUGAGCAAAUUAAGCGGUUAUAAUUCCACAGCAGUAAAAUGGCCUUCAAAAUGUCCUAUAGUUUUGAAGGUAAUCUGCGGCGUAGACCCGAGCAGAAUCUUUCUGGGUCCAGUAAGAAACAAACAAGAGAAGCGCUUAUUCAGCGUGCACAUGAAGAACGUCUUAAGCGGCAGUCUGAGAGGUUGAGAGUUAAAAGUGCACAGACUAUUCAGUCAUAUGCAAGGAGUUAUCUUACACGAAAACAUGCCAAGGAGGAGCAAAGGAAGUUGUUUGAUCAGGAUAAUGAGGAGAAAACUAUUGAUUCACAGUUAGCCAGGCUGUUAUUUUUCUAUCAUCCAAAUGCAGAUAUUGUUAGAAUGGAAAACAUUUGUAUGUCAUUGAUUCCACUCAAAGAAAUAAUUCUAUCGAGAAUGUCCACUGAUGUCAAAUUCAUGUGGUUAAUUAAAAGAUUACUUGGUAAAUGCCUAGUUUUAAUGUCCCAUGAAGAGAAACUGCUGCUCGGGGCUGAAAUGUUGAAUAAUUUCUCAAAUUCACCAGAGAUUCAACAUUAUUUAAUAUCAACAACAGGUUAUUACAAAACACUAAGUAUUCUCUUUGAAAAAACAACAAUUCCUGAAUUAUUACAAUCACUACUGAAACUAAUCGAGCAACCAUUCAUUUUUAUCCCACCGAGCAAUAAUGAAGCAAUGAUUACUUCAAUGACAUCAGAGUUUGUCCAAUACUUUAUGUCACAGAACGUAACACUCAAAAUCAAGAAUAUUCUCAUUCCUUACUUGAGUACAAGCGGAACAUUUCCUUAUCAACAUUUUGUUAAAUAUAUUUCUGCACAGACAUCAACAUAUGAUGCAUAUAUGAAUAAUAUACUUUAUUGUAUGUUAUCAUUGGAGAAAACAGAUCAUAUAUGUAAAGAAAAUAUUCAACUAUUAUCACAAUUAACGCUGAAUUUAUACCAAUUACAAGACGCAGAUUAUAUGAAUUCCAGAGAUGAUGACAGCGAUGAUGAGUGUAUGGAUGUAACAACAGGGUGUUUCGCGAUUUCCGAGUAUUUAGCACUUUUUAAUAAGUCUGAACGUGUUUGCGGGUUGAUUAACUUCUGUGUGUGGAAUACUGAUGAUGGGGAACUGAUGGGAUACAUGACUAGACUGUGUCAUAAUCUUUUGCUUAUUUAUAAGGAUUCAAUUAGGAAAUUUAUGUUGGUAUAUUUGUUAGCACAGGAAGCCAUUUUCUUGCGUGAAUUAUGGCUAUCAAUAAAACGCAACGAGAAGAAUAUUUUUGACAGCGGGACAACAAAUAUGAGCACAGCUAACAAAUGGAAAGAGUCACAGAUUCCUGUUUCUGUAUUCUGUGAUUUAUUCACGUUUUAUACUGAAAAAUUAACAGAUUCAGGUGCAAAAGAUACAAGUGAAACCUUCAGCAAUGAAGAAUUAGCUGAAAUCUCCGAAAUGCUGAAACAAGUCGCCAUUAGUUUGAUUGAUGUAGCGUAUCCAAUGUGUCGCACACCCAACAGUGUAGUAAUCACACACGAAACGCUGCACUUUUAUUACAGUGCGCUGCGUGCGGUGAAAAAACUCCACAUGUUGGAUAUCCGCAAGAAGUUUUGCGAGAAAAACUUCUGGACGAAGCGUAAAGUUCACGUCUCGCCCGAUUUAGCAAAAAAGAAUUAUUUAAUGAAGACUUUGCGGCCGUUUUAUGGCGUUGUACCAAAUGAUGACGACAGUGAAAAUCUUCCGCCUUUAUCCACAAUCGAACAACGUUCACUUGCAAUACUACAAGAACUUCCAUUCCUGCUUGAAUUUAACCAACGCGUGAUGAUUUUACGCCAAUUGUGUUACUUUGGUUUCGGUAAUGUGGAAGCGCGCUUGCGCAGUGAAUUCACCAGCGAUUUACCAAUCACAGUGCGCAGAGCUUAUUUAUAUGAAGACGCAUUUGAUAAACUUAGCCAACGUAAUGAUGAUGAUCUGAGACAUAAAUUACGUAUACAAUUCAUUAAUAAUGUCGGUCUGGAGGAGGCUGGCAUUGAUGGUGGUGGAAUUUUCAAAGAAUUUAUCAAUGAAGUGCUCAAAACUGCGUUUGAUCCAAACCGAGGCUUCUUUUUGCUUACUGGUGACAACACACUGUAUCCAAACCCACAGGUGCAUUUAUUAUUUGACAAUUACAUCGAACACUAUUAUUUUAUUGGAAGAUUAGUGGGAAAAGCGUUGUAUGAAAAUAUUCUAGUCGAUUUACCUCUUGCGGAGUUUUUCCUUGCGAAACUUCUCGUGGAUCGCGCAAGCGCACACUACUUGGAGUCGUUAGAUCCGGUCCUGUAUCGCAAUUUAUUGUAUUUACGUGAUUUUAAGGGAGAUGUACAAGAAUUGGGCUUGGAUUUCACUCUAGUUCAUAAUGAUUUAGGCGAGACAAGAGUUUAUGAAUUAAAACCGAACGGUAGCAACAUUCCAGUGACGGAUUUCAACCGUCUUGAAUAUAUUCGUCUCCUAGCUGAUCUUAAACUUAAUUCUCAAUUGAAAGAACAAUGCGGCGCGUUUCGUGAAGGUCUCAAUUCAGUCGUACCUUUAUUAUGGUUGAAAUUAUUCAAUCAUAAUGAAUUGCAAGUCAUGAUUUCCGGCGAUACGCAAGAAAUUGACAUUGAAGACAUGAAAACACACACGGUGUAUGGUGGUGAGUAUAACACCGAACAUCCAACGAUUGUUAUGUUCUGGAAUGUGGUGAAAACAUUCACCGAUGUACAAAAAAAGAUGCUGCUGAAGUUUGUGACGAGUUGUUCGCGGCCGCCAUUGUUGGGAUUCAAAGAGUUGAAUCCUUCGUUUGGUAUUCAGUCGUCAGGCAGUGAAGAUCGCAUGCCUACGGCUAGUACAUGUCUUAAUCUAUUGAAAUUACCGGUGAUAAAUGAUGAGGAGACGUUGACGCGGAAGUUACUCUCUGCCAUUGAACAACAAGCAGGGUUUGAAUUGUCUUAAAUUGUAUAUUUAUUGUUUUGUGGAAUAAAAUUUACUUCUGUAAA